UGAAGAGUGUCCACUAUGAUAUAUCGGUCAAAAUUGAAGCGAUAAUCGGCAUCCACCGCGUCGGUCAAAGCCAUCCUGCAAAGUAAUGGCUUGAGAAUCAGAAAGUGUCGGUAUGAUCGUUCGAGGUGAAAAAAGAGAGCAAGUUUCGCGAAGGAGCCGUCGUUUGUUCGCUAUCGGUUUCGAGGAGCCAUUCACACUCCCUCGGAAGUAGAAAUAUUGCGUCAAUUAGAAUUAAGAAAUGGAAAAGUGAAAAGUAGACCUCGGGAGAAAUCUUGCGGCAAUUAGAAGAAUGAAGAAAAGGAAAAGUGAAAAGUGAGUCUUUUUUUAUCACACUAGAAUUAUUUCAGCAAAUACGUGUUUAAGAACAAAAUGAAUCCUUUAAAGCGCCGACCGACAUCCGCGCCACGGAUGCAGAUAUUGGGUGAAGGCGAAGACCCAACCGAAAUACUAGACAGUCUCCCCUUAUCCGGUCGUCCAGGCUCGCACAAAUCAACCGGUAGUUCAUCUGGAGGUACUAGGCCAGAUUCCUCAGGGAAUAAACACGUCGGAACGAAGAAACCAAUCUCUAAAACUGUAAGUCUGAAAGUUGGAGGCAAUGCUGGCAGUACUUCUGCCGUUAGCCAAUCAGGCAGCAGAAGAGCAAGUGGCGCAGGUCCUCCUUCUGCAGUUGUUGCACUCGAAAAAAUCAAUCAUGCAACGUUUAAAAUCAACAUGCACGCGCAGAAUAAUGGCGAUGUUGUCAUGGCACCUGUAAUUCAUCCGAACUCUGGCUCUCCUGCAGGUAGAGCAGCAGCGGGAGGUCCAAUAGUAGUAGCAGGGGGUCCAAUAUUACUAGCAGAUGAAUCAUCAAUCGACAACUUACUAGGUGAAGGUAGGAUACCUGCGUCAUCGUCUUCUGGGCCUGUGGUGAGGAAGAACGCUGCUGAUGAUCCUAAUGCUAGUAGUGGAGGUAAAAACAAGGCUGUGGUAAGGGGACCAAGUCAGCAGUUCAUACGACGUGGCUCAGAGCGUGUGAGAGCAGCCAGUGGAGGUAGUGCGGCAUUGAAGGAGAUGCUGGUGGGGAAGAAAGAUGGGAGUGCUAUGUCUGCUAGUGGUGGGACGAAGAACGCUAUCGGUGUUUCAGUGAGUAGUCGAGAAAAAUCAAAAACGUAUGGUGGAGGCACUGUCAACACGGCCAGUACAGCAGAGCGCUCGGGAUCCAAAAUCACCACAGAGAAGAAGCCGACUGGUGUUGGAGGUAAAACGCGAGGCAAACCAGAGCAGAAAACAAAGCCGCGUGACGGAAAAACGUCUGCUGAUGAUUCCGACGACGCAUCCGGCACAGCCACUGGAGAAGCCAAUGCGCUCAUUCGUGGUCUGCUGACUGGGAAGUAUGCAACGGGUGAGAACGGUGGUGGUAAGCACAAUUUCGCCCUUGCCUUGCAGGAUAUUGAUGAUGUGGAUGGAAGGUAUUACCUACUUACCUAAGCAUUUAUAAAUGUACUUCUACUUAUAAAUAUAAAACUUAGCAGCUAGUGUACUAUGAGUUGUACGUUGACUACACAGUCCCACCGCUCCUCCUGCGCUGCUCGACGACGCCGAAAUGGAUCGGAUGGCUUUGAGGCUACAACUCCAAAGCGAAAGCGAAAAAGUCGUCAUAGAUGAUACGCCUUACCAAGCCUGGCUUCCAGAAGCGAAGGAAUCCCUAAGCGCCGUGAGUAGCAUAGUGGAUGCGCAUGAGGCAACGCAGAAAGACAGGCAGCUGGCUUUGGAGCUGUACGUGCAGGAGUUGAAGAUGAGGUACUAUACCUAUAGUAGCAUAUAAUAGAUUUAUGAUUACGGUAUCUUCAUGUAGCUCUACAUUUAUAUGAAAGUCAAGUACAUUUAUAUUUUUGAUUCGGAGACGGAGGACAGGCAGUAAGCACUUAACUUCACCUCUAGUAUUUAGGUACAAUCAUCAUCAUCAGUUGUACUUAUAGAUACACUGCAGUUUUAUUUCCUCACUUCACUCUAAUAUAUUUCUCACAGCGGCAAUCUUCCUGAAGCCUUUGAAGAUGUCGCGGAUGUAGCAGCAGAGAUGGGCAGGGGGAGCACUAAAAAUGGUAGCAAAAGCAAUUCCAAAGAAACUCUCCCAACAUUUCUGACACGCUGUUUAGAAGAAGACGAAGAUGGAGAAGAUGGAGGUGGGGAUGUUGGAGGAUUGCGGUCCACGCAGGUAGUACUGAUAGACAGUCUUCUGUGUAUAGGAUUUCACUUUUCUAGCAUCUAUAGUGAUACUUAAGGCUUCCCCUUAUCCAUCUUCGGAAGCAUCGCAGAGACGUCCUCAAGGGGGAAACGGUCUCAGGAUGCGUCUCCAGACGGGUAAGGGUGAGCUCUAAUUUACGACCUUAGGAGUUCUCAGUAUCGAAUUCGAAUAUCAUUGAUUUUGAAUUUCUUGCGGGUGAAACAAAUUGACUCCGACGUCUUCAACUUCAUGAUCAAACCUUCACGACUCGUACUCCACAGCUCGUCCCACUCGGCACCUCCAAGAGCAGCACCUCCAAGAGAGAACGCAGAGAACGGAUAACCUUCGUUUCCGGCAAUUACUCUCCCGAAGAGUGCGAAUUGAUAGAAGAAGGGCUGAAUCAAAUAGCGCGGUUGGACGAUAUAUUGCAGAAUAUGGAGCGAAGAGAGCAGAAAAGCACUACAGAACUGCAAUGUGUGAGGAGACAACAGUACUAUUUAUAAUAUUAAUACUCUUUUUUCCAACAUCAGUACUAGUAUUUUUAACUUCUUUUUCAACAGUACUAGUAUUUUUAGCUUCUUUUUCAACAGUACUAGUAUUUUCAACUUCUUUUUCAACAGUGCUAGUAUUUUUAACUUCUUUUUCAAUAGUAGUGAGGAAGUCUUCAAUACCCCUGGAGUGGGUACAUCUACAUUCAUUCAUUCAAUAAUAUCACAACCUCACAUCUCUGGUUGUUAUUUGAAUCAUGGCGGCGCGUGUAUCAAGUAACAGCCUCGAGCAGGAGAUUAUCUUUUGCAUUUCAUAGUUCGUUAAGUAGACUUUUGCAAUCACCAUCUUGCGCUUGCCACCCAGGUCCGACACAGGCGAAACCGAAAAAGAACGGAAAGAAGCUGUAGCCAAGUUGGUCGAACAAGGUUUGCUUGCGGCGGACCACGCUGAUCUUGGGAAGAGGCGGGUGCCCGGUAAUAAUGUGGCAGGCAGUCACCAGAAAGGAGGCGGAGCUGGGAAUUCCGGUAUCUACCGUCUUUUGUAAUCAUGUUAAGAGGGUCUACUUCAGCUAUUCCUUUCUGGGUAAGGGAAUAUGAAGCACCAUUUUGCAGUGACCUUUGUUUUGUGGGGCCGUACAAAAUUCAUACGAAAUCAAUCUUAAUCUUUAUUUUCAGCUUCAGGUUCUGCCAGUCGCGACCCUUCAUCGUGGGCUGAAGAAUCUCUGGAGCAUUUCCCGUUAGAAGCUAGCGGCAGUCUAGUGUGCUGGGAUAGAUGGAAUUCUUCGAAUGCUGCCGAGUCUUCAGAGAGUGACCAAUUAUCUACUGCAGAAGAUGAAGUGGUAGAUGGGCAGAGCAGAAAUGCAGGUGGUGCGCUUGUUAAUAAUACCUUCUCAUCUUCAUCCCUUCUCGUAGCCGGAGGUGGACACAACAAGAGUGGCGAUAAGAACAGCUUAGAGCAGAUGAGGAUCAAAAGACAGCAGAGUAGUUCGAAAGCAACAACAGCGGGAGGCAGUUCGUCUUCUUCUGCGUCGAGUUGUAGUAGUUCCAGCUCCUCGAGCCGCAGAGGAAGUUCUCAUAUGAACAAGAUGCAAAGAGCAGCAGCAGCAGAAGCGGCAAUGGGCGGGAUGAAUAAUCAGACAUCAUCCAGACAGAGCGAUAGUGUAGCAUCAACGCCGUCACGCAUGCGAGGAGGGGCGACAGGAAAGCGGCGGAAUAAGACCAGUAUUGAAGGUAGUCCUGCCACCGGUAAGGCCGCAUCAGCCUUCACUGCAGCUCAGGAAGACUUGCUAGAGCAGUUGCUGAUAGGAAAUAAGGCUCAUCCACGUGCUUUAGAGUAUGAUGGAGGAGAUGUUGAUGACGGAACAACUGGUCGAGAAGCUGUUCCUGACCCCACGACAAGUGCGCUAGUUGUAGCAAACAAGUCAUCCUCCAGUUCUAGCAUUGCAGUUGUAAAAGACAAUGCCUACAGCUCAGCAUCACUACUCCCAUCAGCAGAUAACGAUGAUGCCUUACUCAAGAAAAAGUUCAAGUCUCUCUUUGACGGAGCAGCUUCCCCAAUAGAAGAGCCUUGUUCAUCUGCAGGAGACCAAUUCGUUCCGAGUCCCGACACUUCGCCUGCAAGUAAACCGCGCUCUUUCGUAGAUAAAACCGACAUGGCCAAACUAGCUUCUAUCGAUGAAGGUCUCAAGGCGUUGAAACAGGCAGCAGAGUCCGAUACUGCGCAACAAAAAGCACUGGCACAAUUGAAAGCAGGUUUAUCUACUUCAGGAACAAGUAGUAUGGCUAUGCUGGGAGGUGGUAGUUCUUCGAGCAAUGCACCAGUGGCCAGUAUAACGGCAGGAGCAAGCGUAGUGCUAUCAACUUCAACACUAGCAGUCUCUGGAGGUGGAGGUGACCCAGGUGCCACUCUCGCUUCUGGUUGGCUGCAAGAGCUGCAUCGCAUACGUGAGAUGAAGAACUCGCCAGUGAAUAGUCCUAAGGCGAUGUUUCGGAAGAACAAUGGAGGAGGGGACAUGAAUCAACAACAUCCGAACAAGGAUUCAAUCUCAAGUAAAUUGAUCGACGAUUUGUUGUAUCACCAACCUGGGUCUGGUUCUGGCGGUGGUGUGGACGCAGAAGCUGAACGACUCGCUGCUGGUAGAGGUGGCUCAUCAACAUCCUCAGGUGCCGUGAAGAACAAUAGGUGGUCAGAAAAUCAUCCACCGCUAAGAGCACAGAGGGAGAUCGGUACCUCGGAUGAAGAGGAAUUUGCCUAUUUCAGGGAGAUCUUUUUCAAACGACGUGAAGAAGAGGUAUUAGAAGAGGGGGAGAAAUCCCCACCAAGAGACAAACGACGACAACGAGAUGUUGGAGGAAAAUCAUCUUCGCUAGAGGACGUUGAACUUGAAGCAGAGGAUCAACUUUCCAAUUCCAAAGCACCCAUACUCGACCACGACUGUGUCUCCUUAGAUGCUUCUCCUGUUCGCGUGCCACCAGCCUGGUUGGCCGAUGGUGACCACGAUGGCACUGGAGCAGUAGGAACGAAACCAAAUAAUGCUAUGAAAAGAAAAUCUGUUAUCAUUAUCAAGUUUCUUAAGUAGAAAAGUAUGAUAAUGAUAGCAUAUUUUGGUUUCAUAAAUGCAGCAAAUAGGCAGUCAUCGAAAUCGAAAAGACUUCAUCCACCUGAUCCUAUGGCGACCUCGUCAGACGUCGAAGAAGAAGACGAUAUCGAUGCUGAAAUAGCACGUGUACGUAGUUUACUCUCUGCAUCGAAUCCGACUGGUGGUCCUGUUGGUGGAGGUCCCGGUGGAGGAGUUUCGUCAUCUGGUAGUGCUGCGGCGUCUGCAUCAUCUGGUGGCUCUACAACCAAGUCCAAUUCUAAGACUUGUUCCGCAUCCGCCUCGGCUGAUACGGUUGGGGGAGGUGAGGAUCUGAGUUGUGAGGACGCAUUUUUAGAGGAGAAGUUGCGCGCUCUGGGGUUGUUGGCAACUAUUCAGUAAAUUCUGGAUUGAGAUCAUCUCCUUCGUAUUUCCCUUUCCGUCGUAGGUUCUGUAAUCUAUUAGAGCUUGUUUCUUUGUUGAAUUGAUUUCUCUACGCUUGAUUUCUUUUUCUCUCACCCUAAGUUUUGUUUUCAUGAAUUCUUAUCUUGUAUACUUACCCCCUACUUUCAGUUUUCUUCAGAAACAGUAUAGUUUUAGUUCUCAUCCAGUCUUUUUGUUCUCUUCGAAUUGCAGUUGCAGCAUUGAACGCACUGACGCGCUAAUAUUGCUAAGUACUUACGCAAAAUUAAGUACUCUCUGUCAUCCCUUGCGUUACUUAUAAUUGUCGUUUUCUCUUCGCGCACAUUUUUCUUCGGAAAUCGCUUUUUCAUGGAGGUCCAACUGUCCAUUGUCAUUCUUCUUGCGUGCUACCUAU